AUGUUCAAUUUUUCGCUGAUUUUUGCGGUUUUUGGUGAGUUUUUUGAAAUUUUUCGCAAAAAAAUUCCGCGGGAAGCGGGAAUCGAUCCCCAGACCUUCUGAGCCGCAUGUUUUUCCAGGAUUUUCAGCAGUUUUUUCGGCUGAAACUGCUCCAGAUGAAAUUUCACCGUGCCUCAAAAAAUGCCUAACUCCAAUGGCCAAACUAGAGCGUAGUUUCUCCUACAUUUUCAAUAAUUUCGAAAAAGCCUGCGAUUUGCUGGAGGACACGGCAUUUUGUGCAAGGAAAUGCGAGAAGGAGGAUCAAACGAAAUUUUAUCAGUACACCACGUUUUACCGAAUUCAUUGUAUUGAUUAUCAGGAAGGUGAGUACUGUAGGGGUACUGUAGGAUUUUUGGCGGGAAAAUUUGGAGCAUUUUGAGACCAAAUAAGCCUAGACUUGGGUACUGUAGCUACGUUUUUCGAGCACUAAAGAACCUCGAAGAUACUGUAGAAUUUCGCGCGAAAAUCUACAGUAAUCCUGAACUGAGAAUUUUUUUAAAGUUAAAAUGUCCCUUUUCGCGGCCAAAAUAAUGUGUACUUUUAUUUUUUUUUCCCCAUUCAAAAAAAAAAAACAAAAGCUUUUUUUUGGCCAAUUUCCCAAGGUCGUAAAUAUUUACAUUUUCCCAUUGUCUAGAGAUCUACAGUACUCCAGACAUGUUUUCUUUUGAGAAAAAAUUAGACAAAAACAACUACAGUACUCUCUAUAAUUACAGUAAUUUUUCAGACCUCGAAGAACAUAUUCCAUGUAUAGCUGCAGCCGCAAAAGAGGCUGACGAUGGUAAUUUUUUUUUCAAAAAAAAAAAAAAACAAAUAAUUUUUAAAUUACAGUAUGCCGUGAUAAAUGUAAACACGCUCACAAAGUGAUGAAAAAUGCGGAAAAAGAGGAAAAAAUGAAGAGUGAAUGCAGGUAUGCACCUUUAAAGUACUGUAGAUAUUGAAAAACCGCGAAUUUUUAGGACUUUGGAGUGUUCUACAAUUUGCUACUUUGAUGAAUUGACUGAAAGCUGUCCGGAGGCUAAGGAUAUUCUGCUGAAAAUCAAUUUAGGACAAAUUCACUCGAUUUCUAACUCGAUUCAUCCAGCAAAUAUGGAUAAAAUGAUCAAAGAAUGCAGGCAAAUUCAUGAUAUCGAGUAUAUGCGUGCAAAAUUGCUUGCGUCAACUCAAAGUUUGAUGUUGGAUCAUUCAGGAGUUCAAGAAGAGCAAGAAAAUCCUGAAAAUUAG